AUGGUUUAUAUCGGAGUGAAUGAAGUGCACAAACCAGGCUUGAGCACGUGGUCAACCUAUCCUGGAAAUGAGUUUAGCUGCAUGUGCGCGCUGCAGCUGCAGGUGACGGAGCGCGAGGAGGUGCGCGGCCGCGAGCUCACCGGCCUCAAGGCGCUCUACGAGACCGAGCUGGCCGACGCGCGACGCGCGCUCGACGACACGGCCCGCGAGCGCGCGAAGCUGCAGAUCGAGCUGGGCAAGUUCAAGGCCGAGCAUGACCAGCUGCUCCUCAAUUAUGCUAAGAAAGAAUCUGAUCUUAAUGGAGCCCAGAUCAAGCUUCGAGAAUACGAAGCAGCGCUGAAUUCGAAAGAUGCAGCUUUGGCUACUGCGCUUGGUGAUAAGAAAAGUUUAGAGAGUGAUUUGGAAGAUCUGAAGGAUCAGAUCGCCCAGUUGGAAGCCUCUUUAGCUGCUGCAAAGAAACAGUUAGCAGAUGAAACUUUACUUAAAGUGGAUUUGGAGAAUCGCUGUCAGAGCCUUACUGAGGACUUGGAGUUUCGUAAAAACAUGUAUGAGGAGGAGAUUAAUGAAACCAGAAGAAAGCAUGAAACUCGCUUGGUAGAGGUGGAUUCUGGGCGUCAGAUUGAGUACGAGUACAAGCUAGCUCAAGCCUUGCAUGAGAUGAGAGAGCAGCAUGAUGCCCAAGUCAAGCUGUACAAAGAGGAGCUGGAGCAGACUUACCACGCCAAACUUGAAAAUGCCAGACUGUCAUCAGAGAUGAAUACUUCUACUGUCAAUAGUGCCAGAGAAGAACUGAUGGAAAGUCGUAUGAGAAUUGAGAGCCUCUCGUCUCAGCUUUCUAAUCUACAGAAAGAGUCUAGAGCAUGUUUGGAGAGGAUUCAAGAGUUGGAGGACUUGCUUGCUAAAGAAAGAGACAACUCUCGCCGCAUGCUGUCUGACAAAGAGAGAGAGAUGGCGGAAAUACGUGAUCAGAUGCAGCAACAGUUGAGUGAUUAUGAACAACUUCUUGAUGUCAAGUUAGCCCUGGACAUGGAAAUCAGUGCUUAUAGGAAACUCCUAGAAGGUGAAGAAGAGAGAUUGAAGCUCUCUCCAAGCCCUUCUUCCCGCGUGACAGUGUCGCGCGCAUCCUCGAGUCGCAGCGUGCGCACCACCAGGGGAAAGCGGAAGCGGGUGGACGUGGAGGAAUCCGAGGCCAGCAGCAGUGUCAGCAUCUCUCACUCUGCCUCAGCCACUGGGAAUGUCUGCGUGGAAGAGAUAGAUGUUGAUGGAAAAUUCAUCCGCUUGAAGAACACUUCGGAACAGGACCAACCAAUGGGAGGCUGGGAGAUGAUCAGAAAAAUUGGAGACACAUCAGUCAGUUACAAAUAUACCUCAAGAUACGUGCUGAAGGCAGGCCACACUGUUACAAUCUGGGCUGCAAAUGCCGGUGUCACAGCCAGCCCUCCCACCGACCUCAUCUGGAAGAACCAGAACUCUUGGGGCACUGGCGAAGAUGUGAAGGUUAUAUUGAAAAAUUCUCAGGGAGAAGAGGUUGCUCAGAGAAGUACAGUCUUCAAAACAACCAUACCUGAAGAGGAAGAGGAGGAAGAAGAAGUGGCCGAAGCGGCUGUCGAGGAGGAGCUUUCCCACCAGCAGGGAGCCCCAAGAGGUUCCAACAGAAGCUGUGCAAUUAUGUAA